AUGGUCGGCGUGGACCUGGAGAUCGACGAGAGCAAGUUAUGGGACCCCGCGGCACGUCAGGCGUACAUGGACGCACUGCCAGACAUGACGCUGUUCGACGACCACGUGGUCGAGGGAGACGAGAUGGUAGCGGCGAUCCAGGCGCUCAUCGAGGACGGCGAGACGGCCGAGAGUCUAGCGCUGCAUUGGAAAAAGCAGGGCAACGACAUGUUCUCGGACGCGAAGAAGGCGCACCGAGGGUACUUCUCGAACGCGCUCAAGUGCUACACUGACGCGCUGGCGUACGCGUACAAGGCGCUGGCGCUACCGAUGGAAGCGCGCGAUCGGUCGUACGACAUGCAGCAACUCACGUCGCAGAUUCUGUGCAAUCGGGCCGCGGUGCAGCUGGAGCUCAAGAAUUACGGAAGUUGCCGCUCGGACGCAGCCAAAGCUAUCAAAUUGGACCCGUCGAACGUAAAGGCGUAUUUCCGGGGUGCUAAAGCCUCUCGGAUGCUUCGCAAGCCAUCGGACACGCUGCGCUAUUGCGAGGAAGGUCUCAAGCACGACCCAGACAACACCUUGUUGCUGAAGUUGCAGACCGAGGGACGGCGUUUGCUGCAGGAGAUGCGUGCCGAGAAGCUCCAGCGCGAGAGGGAUCGCAUGAAACGCCGCGCUGCGACGGACAAGUACCGCAAGCUAUGUGCAGGGCGUGGCAUUCGUGUGGGUCGAGCUUUGGUCGACGACGAGCGUGUGCGACAGUACGAAGGCAAGGCCGACUUGGACCCUACGAGCGGUAGCAUGUACUGGCCUGUGCUCUUCCUCUACGACCAGCACGGCACGUCCGACUUUGUGCAGUGCUUUGGUGAACAGGACAGUGUGAUUGAACACCUCGCCAACAUGUUCCCAGAGACUGGUCCGUUUGCCGAGUGGGACACGGAGAAGGCGUUUGUAGCGUCCAAGUUGGUCGUCUAUGCUGCGGCGGAUAGUGUCGUGCCGUACUCGUCGCCGAAAGAGUGGCACGUCAAUCUCAGCGGCGAAAACGAGGACGACGACGAAGAAGUGCAGCGCGUUCGUCUCGAGGAGAAACACGAAGCCAAGACGCCGUUUUGGAUCGAGCUGUCGCCCUUUUGCACGCUGCAGCAGCUGUUGACGCAUGCGACAUAUGUUGUGCCUGGUAUUCCCGUGCUCCAUGUGUUUGUGCGCGAUUCUGAAGCACGCGGCAACUUUCUCACACGCAUUGACCAAAAGGUCAUUACGCUGGACGCGCAGCAGCAAUAG